AUGGAUGAAAAAAAUGAUCACCCAGCAGCUAAACCUGAAGAUGAACUAAGUGUAGCCAACAUCUCGGUCCAAAUGGUAUCCGCAGAAGAUAAGUUGGCAAAGAGGAUUCUGGCAAGGAAAAAACAUGGCAAAUUGAAGAAAAAAGAGAAAUUGCUGUGGAAUUUUCAAAACAAAAUAAUUAUUUUUUCCCUCAUUCUAUUUAUUUUAGGAGUUGUAACCUGGACUUUACUCUGGCUCUUCAUUGUUCAGGCAGAAAACAAAGAUGUGUUGUACUUCGUUGGGCUGUUUCGUGUUGCCAACAUAGAAUUUCUCCCAGAAUAUAGGCAGAAGGAAUCGAAAGAAUUUCUCUCUGUGGCGCAGAAUGUGCAGCAUGUGAUGAACUUGGUUUACAGAACCUCCUCUUUCUCCAAGUUUUAUAAGCAGGCCACUGUUUCAGAAGUCAGUAACAACAAUAAUGGAGGCCUUCUUAUUCACUUCUGGAUCGUAUUCGUGGUACCACAGCCAAAAGGCCAAGUGCUGUGUGACGACUGUGUGGCUGCCAUUUUAAAGGACUCCAUUCAGACAAGUGUCAUUAACCGCACCUCAGUGGGAAGUCUUCAGGGCCUCGCGGUUGACAUGGACUCGAUUGUACUAAGUGCAGGUCUUCGGUCAGAUUAUUGGUCAACAACGGGAACAGGAACAAAUUGUAUGUACGAUCUGCAUGCUGAUCGUCUACAUGAGCACUUUCCUUUGGAUAUCCAUGCUACCUCAGGGGGAACGAUCUGCUAUCUUAAACUGAUUGCAUUAGUGGGUCAUCUUAUUCGUCUUUCAAUAGUAUCCCUUCAGAUUGGAGCAGAUAACUGCAUCACUGACUCGCUAACCAUUUAUGACUCUCUGAUGCCAAUCAAACAUAAGAUACUGUACCGAGCGUGCGAGCCAGCCGAUUCAUUGGUGUCACUUGUGUCCACAAAUAACCUCAUGCUGGUAAUGUUUAAGGCAGCACAGAUAAAUGAACGGAAGGAAUUCCAUGGCUAUUUUGAGGUCAUUACACAAGAAAGGUGUGGAAAAGCAAUAGCAACAAAAGAGAAGAUUGGCUAUGAAGGGAGAAUCACAAGUCCCUAUUAUCCAAGCUAUUACCCUCCAAAAUGUCUUUGUGCAUGGAACUUCCAGACUCCACAGAAGAACCUUGGUAUAGCUCUGAAGUUUCAUAACUAUACCAUCAGUGAGAAGAAUAUUAAAGGCUGUGAACGAGGAUGGUGGAAAAUUAACGAACACAUGUACUGUGGUUACUAUGUCGAUCACCAAACAGUCUUUCAUAUUGCAAGCUCUGCUGUUAAUGUUGAGCUUCAGUGCAGUUCAAAGGUGUCAGAGAAGCCACUUCUGGUGGAGUAUGGCAGCUAUAACAUCAGCCAGCCAUGUCCACCUGGAUAUUUCAAGUGCUCCACUGGCUUAUGCAUCCAGCAGAUGCAGCGCUGUGAUGGGAUAAACAAUUGCUUCGACGAAAGUGAUGAACUCUUUUGUGUUGUCCCUGAGUGGAACUGUAACUCCAGCUUUGCGAUACAGGAUAACUUGCUUGUCUGCAAUGGAGUAAGUGAUUGUGAGAAUGGAAACGAUGAGCAGAACUGUACCAACAGUAUUCCUUGCACCAAUCACACAUUUAAGUGCAGGAACAACAUAUGCAUUAAGAAACAAAAUGCAAAAUGCGAUGGGACCAUGGACUGUACCGAUGGAAGUGAUGAAAGCAGCUGCAGUUGUGGCAGCAGCAAGAGCAGCAAUCUCAUCUCUCGGAUUGUAGGUGGUACAAAUACAAAGGAAGGCGAAUGGCCAUGGCAGGUCAGCCUCCAUUUUAUGGGAGCUGCUUACUGUGGGGCAUCAGUGAUAUCAAAAGAAUGGCUUGUAUCUGCAGCUCACUGCUUUCAAGGGAGCAAGCUGGCUGACCCCAGAGCGUGGCAUGCUCACUUGGGGAUGCAAACACAAGGCCGUGCAAAGUUUGUAUCUUCAGUGAGACGGAUCAUCGUCCAUGAAUACUACAACAGCAGGAACUAUGACUAUGACAUUGCAUUGCUACAGCUGAGCAAACCAUGGCCAGAAACAAUGAGCCACGUCAUUCAGCCAAUCUGCGUACCUCCAUUUUCACACAAAGUCCGCAGUGGUGACAAAUGUUGGAUAACAGGUUGGGGCCAAAAGCAGGAAGUGGGGGAGGAAGGUGCUGCGAUUCUUCAGAAAGCAGAAGUAGAAAUUAUUGACCAAUCACUAUGUCAUUCCACAUAUGGGAUUAUCACAGCUAGGAUGUUUUGUGCAGGACUAAUGUCUGGAAAAAGAGAUGGGUGCAAAGGUGAUUCUGGUGGACCAUUGUCAUGUCAAAGCAAUGGAGAUGGAAAAUGGUUUUUGACUGGCAUUGUUAGCUGGGGUUAUGGAUGUGGAAGACCAAAUUUCCCUGGUGUCUACACAAGAGUGUCAAAUUUUGCACCAUGGAUUCACAAAUAUGUGCCUUCAGUCAUGUAA